AUGUUUCUCCAGAAACUGUGGUCACAUCAGCUAGAUUGGGACGAGCCAUUGCCCGCUGAUCUUCGUGAACAAUGGAUCGCUUUACGCCAAGAGCUAUCGAUUGUCAGGAACACUUGCGUCAUCAGACCAUAUUUCAACUCCAUGCCAAGUGACGCAUCAUAUGAGCUACACGUGUUCUGUGAUGCCAGCGCCAAAGCGUAUGGUGGGGUGGUCUACCUACGCCAAAUUCACACUAACACUGUAUCUCUCGUCAUCUCCAAGGCCCGGGUGACCCCUGUCAAACAACUGCUGACAAUACCACGCGCCGAGCUGAUGGGAGCCUUACUUGGCACGCGCCUGAUUAACUUUGCUUACAACAGCCUGAAAGGUCCGAUGCAAACCGAGGAACCACGUGAGAAAGUUGACAACAAGGCCACGUGCCUUCUAGGCCAAGCCACGCGCCUAGGAUUAGCGGAGAUUAUCGACCCAAACAGACACUCAUCAAUGGGAAAAUUACUGCGUGUUACCGCAUUUGUCCUGCGCUUUACACACAACAUCCGCACCGAUCGUAAUAAGCGAACUACUGGAGUUCUCACCGCUCAGGAAAUCAGUAAAGCUGAACUGUCAUGGAUAAAGGACAUUCAGAGUCUCACGUACGAGAGCGAAAUCAUCGCCCUGAGGAAAAAGGAGAAAUCGCUUGGGCAAUUGUCGCGCCAACUUCGCCUUUUCAUUGACGCUGAUGAAAUACUGCGUGUGGGUGGAAGGCUUCAUAACGCACCUUUGGAUUACAGGUCCAAGUUUCCAAUCCUACUUCCACCGAAAACACGCUUCACCGAACUCCUAGUGAUGGACGCUCACUCAAUGGUGAAACACUCAGGACAACAAGCUACCAUGACUCAACUCCGCCAUCGGUUUUGGAUUACUCAGUUGAGACAAUACGCAAAAUCUUUACUGAGGACUUGUGUCAUGUGCAAAAGGGUUAACGGGAAACCCUACAAGAAGCCAAUCCCCGCACCACUUCAAGCCAUGAGAUUGCAUGAAGCACCCAGCUUCACUGUUACCGGCUGCGAUUUCACUGGAGAAUGUUACGUAACUCUAGCAGGCAAGGAACACAAGUCGUACAUAUGCCUGUUUACAUGUGCCGUUACGAGAGCAGUCCAUCUUGAAUUAGUAUUGGACCUUAGUACAGAAACUUUUCUACGUUUCGCUGCCCGGAGGUCUCUCCCUAGCAAAAUGCUCUCAGACAAUGGCUCCACGUACCUUUCAGCUGCGGAUCAAUUACAUAAACUCAUGAAAGCGCCUCAAGUUCAGGCCUACUUAGCGGGCCAUCGAGUUGAGUGGAAAUUCAUUCCUAAACGCGCCCCAUGGUUUGGGGGUUUUUGGGAGCGCCUCAUUGGAGUUACCAAAAUGACACUAAAGAAGGUGCUAGGCCGUGCCUUUGUUUCUGCUGAUGAGCUACAAACUGUUCUAGCUGAAAUUGAAGCGGUGAUUAAUGAUCGCCCAUUGACUUAUGUCUCAUCUGACUCUAAUGAUCUUCCGCCAUUAACGCCAUCACAUUUACUGAAUGGACGCCCCAUUACAGUAUUACCGUACUACACCAUGGAUAUAGAUGAGUUACAGGACCCUAGCUUUGAUCAGGACACCUUGCAAAAACGCUCACAACGACUGGCAAAAAUCCACUGUAGCUUUUGGAAACGCUGGUCCCAGGAGUAUCUUGCAGUAUUACGCGAAAAAGACAAUCUCUCUGGGAAAGGCGCACUAGUAAACCGAAUUCGCACUGGAGAUAUCGUCAUGGUUAACAAUGAUCAACUUCCUCGCCUCAAGUGGCAAGCCUAA